AAACACGAAGAGUUAAUAUGUAACCAUCCUUUUCUGGGUUUUUAAGGGCAGAGCCCUGGCCCGGGGGCACUCGGGACGUCGGGGACUGGCAGGAUGCAUCCCCUGGCCCUGCUCGGGUGCCUCGUGGCUCUGAGCCACUGCGCUCUCACGUCCAAAGUCUGUCCCAGGCCACCAGAAGUGUUGUUUGCCACACUCAAUGUAGACAAAAAGGUGUAUGAAGUGGGUGAGGAAGUGGAGUACACCUGCCGGCCCGGGUUCAUGCCCAACAGUGGGCAGAGGAAGUACACCUGCCUCCCGACGGGCAAGUGGGCCUUCAACACCCUGCUGUGCCUCCCAAAGAGAUGUCCCCCUCCUCCACCCCUGCAGAAUGGGAGAAUGGAUUUUGAAGAGUUUCAGUACCAGAGUACUGUAACAUUUUCAUGUGAUCCAGGCUACAACCUCGUCGGGUCAAGAACGAGCCAGUGCAUGGCAGAUGGAAAGUGGACUGGAACUUUUCCCCAGUGUCAACCUGUGACUUGUGCACCUCCCUCGCUCCCGGAAUUUGGGGUCCUCUCUUUCCGUCGCCUAAAUCCUGGAAAUGUCUCUCAUUUCCUGGACACAAUCCAGUUUGAAUGUGUCCCUCCUCUCGCCCUGAUUGGGAAUGACACAGCCACCUGCACGGCCAAUGGCACCUGGAGCAGCAUUCCAGUGUGCAAGGAUGUCACCUGCCCCACUCCAAUAGGAAUAGAGAACGGGUUCAUAGAGUUUGCUGUGCGCAGAACCUAUCACUACAACGAGAGCGUCAGCUUUGGCUGCCAGCCUGGCUUCGUGAUGGAGGGAUCCAAACAUUCCCGCUGUGAGAACACUGGAAACUGGUCCACAAAGCCAGCCUGCAGAGCACCAUGUAAAAUACCAGUUAAGAAAGCUGUAGUAUUGUACAAUGGUGAGAAGAAGAGAGUUCAGAAUGACCUGAAGGAUGGCAUUCUGCACGGGGAAACUGUAUCCUUCUUCUGCAAGAACAAGGAAAAAUCCUGUGCCUACACUGUAGAUGCGGCAUGUGUGGAUGGCAACUUCACCCUCCCUGCCUGUUUUAAAGAACGUGGCUUUUUCUCAACUCUGGUGAAGAAAGACCCCUCAGAGAUGAAAGCAUGCGAAGAUGAAGCCUGAAGCAGAGAAAUAACCCAGCACUAAAUUUCUGCCUUACUGAGACAGAACAUUCCAUACACAAGAGAAAAACUUAGGUCCUGUGAGUGUAACUUGGGUCUUGUGAAUGUAACUCAGGUCCUGUAAGUGUAAAUUUCCAGGUGAACUCUGGAAUCUGUGAUCUGGGAAUGCUUUCUUCUCUCCCACCAUCCCCUCCAGUGCCUUCCACAAGCUACAACACAUCAUAUCAGCCAUUAACUUCCACUCUCUUGUCUCUGCCUUCUUCCACAUCCCUGCACUAGUGCCUCUCUCUCCACAUUUCCAACAUUUAUGCAACUGUAAAUGACCUCCUCAAUAGCAGUUGCUUUACAAUAAAGUGAUUUUCAGCCA